CACUAGUACGCUUUACUACAAAAGCAGCAUUUUAGGUUUUGACACUUAUUCGAGAACACACCACCGCCAUUAUGAUACCGAAGAACUUCCUGAAAAUCUGCUCCGUGCUGAUUGUUAUGGCAGUGUUAUUGCCACACGGUCAAAGCCAACGCACCGUCUGUGGACCGGCCUUGGACGCUGUGCUCAGCACUAUUUGCGUCCAUGGCUUCAACUCAAAAUUCAAGAAAUCCGUGGAGUGGGAUGAUCUGGGAAACAAUGAAGUGGACUACGAGCUGCCCUUCCCCUAUGCCAACUCGCCAUUCUUAGCUAAGAUUCACGGCGCCCAAUUUGACACAUUAGCCAAGACUCGUCGCCACCGAGACACGAUCCUAACCGGUGUUUAUGAUGAAUGUUGCAGCAAGGCCUGCAGCUACAAUGAGAUUCUUUCCUAUUGCAACACAUUUUAAAACUAAAAUGCUUAGUAUAGUAUUCAGCCCACUACACUUACUCGCUUUUAAUUAAGUACUUGUAAUGCCGAUGCUUACUAAAAUCACUAUAAAUAAUCAAAAACUCGAAUAAAAGGACAUGAGGUAUAAUGUGAUUGGCUUAUUUUAAGUAUAAACGGUUUUCGGAUAUAUGUAUAUUAACGAGUGCUAAGAGCCUUGUUCGAACAAAAGCUUGAAAUUGAUAUUUAAACAAAUGCAGCAAACUAUUGGACAUGCCAAAGAAACGUUUUCAAAAAUAAACACAUGUUGACAUUUGAA